AUGGUGGGCAAGGAGCUGACAUCCCUUGAGAAGAUCACUAUUGCGCGCAAGGUUGCCGAUGCAUUGGUCUACAUGCACGACAUCAAGGUUGACGCGAAACGUGUCAUGCACAGAGAUAUCAGGGUCGCCAACGUCUUGCUGACCGAUAAGCUGGAGCCCAUGCUUACAGGGUUCGAGUUAUGGGCGUAUUACGGCCCAACGUCCGCUGCGGAGGAAAGCAUCAAGAGAUGGUGGGCUCCUGAGAGGAUACUGAAUUUUGAAACAUCUCAAGAGACGGACGUGUGCUCGUUCGGUGUUCUCAUGUAUGAGAUCUCGACUGGCAAGGAGCCAGAACUUAGCGCAGAUCUUGUGGGGCUGGAGGGUAACAGGAUCUGUGCCAAAUACACCGCGCUGAUGCAAAAGUGUCUGCACCGAUACUAA